AUGAACGACUUCACCAAGACCGCCUUCAUCGCCCGAGCGUACGACGUCAUACUCAGAACACGAUGUAUCAACAGGCUCCGAGCAUUAAUGCGCAUAGCUCCUAUGCUGGACACGAAUUUCAGGUCUGUGGAACUGAAGAUGGACGUCAGGGUCAGCCAAUUCUGCCUCUCACGGCGGAGGAGUCUUGACGAGUCUACCGAGUCGACCGACUCUUUCCCCUCGAACACCCGCCCAGAUGGUGUUGUGUUCAGGUUUGCUUCUGAGUUCCGAGACGGUCCUGACGUCUACACCUACGUGAGCGAUACUAUCAUGCGCUGCACGCUCGAGUUGUCCCCCGACGUCCAGGCAGACUUGUGCCAGUACAGAGCCAAGUGGACCAAGCAAUACAGAAUUGCCGAACGCUACUAUCUGGCGAACAAGGACAAUGAGGAUCUCGAUUGGCUGGUUUGUUGA